ACUCCGUAUUUGCUUUGCUAUCAUUCUUCGUCGUUUGUGUUGGCUCUUCUUCUGUGAUUCCUUUCUCUGAACUUCACCCAAAGCUUUCAUUUUUUUUAAUUUAUUUUUCUCUCUGAAUUUCUUGGUCGUUUUCUAUCAACAUUGCUUACAGUUUCACUCUGUUUUCGUUUCCAGAAAGCAUGGAACUUUAUGUUUCAACCGUUCUCUUCUUCACAGCUUUGUCAAUGGAUUGGAGUCUUGUGUAGAGCAUAUUGAAGUGCAAACGAGGAGAUGAGAGGGGAGUCAUCUUUAUCGAUUAUUGGGUUUUCCAUAGGUGUGGUGAUCGGUGUGCUAUUGGCUAUUUUGGCGUUCUUCUGUGUUAGGUACCAUAGGAAGCGGUCACAGAUAGGGAAUAGCAGUUCCAGGAGGGCAGUGACUCUUCCCAUCAGAGAAAAUGGUGCUGAUUCAUGUAUUAUACUUUCAGACUCAACUAUUGAUCCCGAAUCACCAAUGAAAUCGGGACGCAAUGGCAUGUCGUCCUGGCUUGAAGGAUUCAAGAAAAGCAAUGGCGUCUCCAUGUCUGGGAUACCGGCGCAUCCUUACAAUUGCAGAGGCUGCGCCUCGCUAUGCCUGUGCGCCGAGGCUUGCGCUUUGUGCGCUUUUGACAACUAUAUACUUCAUAUAUUUGCGUAUUCUCUUAAAGCAACUACCUACACACACAGGGAUCUGGAGAAGGCCUUAAUAGGAAAAGCAGCAUCUGGUCCAGUUUACAAAGCUCAGAUGUCAACUGGUGAGAUUGUAGCUGUUAAAAUGCUUGCAACAGAUUCUAAGCAAGGGGAGACAGAGUUCCAGACAAAGUUCUUGAGAGGUACUACUUCACCUCCUAAGCAGCAAAGCCAGUUGCACUUCUCCAACAAUGCGCCGUCUCGGAACAGGUCUGCCAGCUCCAUGACCGAUGUGAGACCCGGAUUCUUCCCAACAUUGCAACCUCAAUUUCCGACACCGAGUUUCAAUGAGAAACCAAAGCAGAACAUAUCUCUUGAAGUUGGAGACUCAAGAUCAGUGGCGGUGAAGAAAACUAGUAAUGAAUCAGCAUCCGAAAGGCCUAAAAGGAAAAAUUCAACGCCUUUGCCACCAUUUAAGGUGAGGAAAGAGAAGAUGGGGGACAAAAUCACUGCACUUCAUCAAUUGGUUUCACCUUUUGGAAAGACUGAUACAACUUCAGUGCUCUCUGAAGCCAUUGAAUACAUCAAAUUCCUCCAUGAUCAGGUUUUAAGCAUACCAUACAUGAAAAGUGGAGCUCCCAUACACCAUCAACAACAACAGAGUUGUGACAAAUCUGAGGACUCUGAAGGACCAAAGCAAGACCUUAGAAGUAGAGGACUAUGUCUAGUCCCAAUUUCAAGCACUUUUCCAGUCACUCAUGAAACUGCUGCAUGUACACCAACAUUUGGAGCAACUUUCAGGUAGAUGAUCAAUCGAUUGAUGGUACAUAAAUUUCGCGAAUCGAAUAGAUUUUCCAUAUCGAAACUUAAGCCCCACAAGUUGCAGAUGUAACAUUCUGAUUUUUAAGGGUGUUUUAACUAAACAUAUCGUAUGGUUUUUAUAAGCAUUUUUCCUUGUUUUAAGUAUAUUUUCAGAUAGGGUUAGCAGUUCGGGCUUAAUUUGUCCUUUUGAAAAUCAAGGAGCACUGCUUGCAAGGUUGUCUACUUGGAGCUGAUCAAACGUCUUAGUUUUUCAGAAUUAAGUAUAGAAUGUGUUGUAAUAGUUUGUAAGAUAGAUUAUGGUUUGUAUCUAUUUUUAAAUGAGUGUUGUGGGUUGGAAUACGAUCGAAGGAGAAAUAAAAUGUUUAUAUGUUGUGGAUGGCCGGCCUUAGGCCAUUAGUUGAAUUUU